ACUGCAAAGGGCUCCAAGUCGUCCGUCCGCAAGACUGGUUCCACAAAGGCCAAAGCUGGCAAGGCUUCCAAGUCCCCUGCUCGUGGAAAGACCUCUACCCGUAAAACUAGUGCCUCCAAGUCCGUAAAGGGCUCAAAGAAUGCGAAGAGUGCAAAGGGUGGAAAGGGCGCAAAGGGCUCUGUUCGCAAGACCGGAUCUACCAAAGCUGCUAAGGGUGGAAAGGCCAAGACACCAGCCCGCGGAAAGACUACUUCAAAGGGCAAGACUGGUGCUAACAAGGCUGCCAAAGGCACAAAGGGCGCGAAUGGCGCUGUUCGCAAGACUGGAUCCAACAAGGCUGCCAAAGGUGGAAAGGCCUCCAAGGCCCCAGCUCGCAAGACUGGUGCUUCCAAGUCUACAAAGGGCGCAAAGACCGCAAAGGGCGCGCUGCUAAGGGUGGCAAGACCACCAAGGCCCCAUCCAAAGCGAAGAACACAGGUCGCAAGACUGGUGCUGCCAAGACUGGAAACAACCGUAAAGCUACAACUUCGAAGGCGAACAAAGCUAAGGCCCCAGCUC